UGCCCUCAUAUUCACGACUGAAACAAAGAUUGUUUCUCCGAAACGUUGGUCUGUACCUGAAUUCACAUGGUUUCCUACCACAGAACUUUGGGGGCUAGCGAUUAGUGGCCAAAUUAUGAUGCGAAAUUUUCGAAACUCUUUAUAGUUGGCAGCAUUGCUAAUAUUUAGCAGAAGACAACAAAAUAUUGGAUAUAGUACAAUACAAUAUAUCUGCAAAGCUUUGGUUAAGGCCGACAGCAUUAUGAGUAAGUGGAAUUGUUCGUUUACGACAUGUAGGAACAAGAUUCGUGUUUUCGUCGUGCCAAGAGAUUCAACUUAAAAUAAUCUUGUUUCAAGAAAAGAUGAAUAUGUGUAAUAGGAACUCCAGUACGUCAAACCAAAAGCAGUAUUGUUUACAACAAAAUGCCAGUUUCAAAAAUAACAAUAAUAUUAAUUGUUUUCGUGCUCACGCUGUCGGUCUUUGUUGCCAAUAUAUCGAAUUUAAUUUCUGUUAUGGAAAAAAACCCAUCAAGACGGAUGGAAGACACUGAAACAAACGUUGACCAAAGUGAAGCAACUAAGUUAACGCUGGGGAAUUCACCAGAACAUUUAAUGUGGUUUAUACAGAUAUCUGAUAUCCACAUUAGCAUUUUUCAUGAUGAGACUCGUGUCACUGAACUAAAGGAAUUCUGUGACUUGACACUGAAUGCUGUUAAGCCCACUGUAGUAUUAGCGUCUGGUGAUUUGACAGAUGCAAAGUCUGAAGAUAACAUGGGAUCUCGACAGUAUGUACAAGAAUGGGAAUUGUACAAGGAGUUUCUUGAAUCAUGCAAAGUGACAGAAAAGACUGUGUGGCUUGACAUCAGAGGAAACCAUGACAAUUUCAAUGUACCAGGCCUAACGUCAAAAGAAAACUACUAUCGUAAUUAUUCCAUGCAGGGAAGAGCCCAUCCUAAGUCAUAUAUGUAUCAGACAAAGAAAGGUGGAGAACUGUAUUCCUUCAUUGGAAUGGAUGCUUGCUUGGAACCUGGACCACGUCGUCCAUUUAACUUUGUGGGUGUAUUGUCUCAGGCAGAAAUGGACCAUGUCAAGAAGCUGUCAGAUGAUGCAAAAAGGAAAGGAAGCAAUCAUACCAUUUGGUUUGGGCAUUAUCCCACAUCUUGCAUACUUGCUCCAGGGUCGGGUGGUGUGAGAACUUUGAUUGCAAAAUACUCAGAGUCAAUUGUGUAUGUCUGUGGACACUAUCACACACUGGGAGGAAUGGUCCCCAAUAUGUACACACUCCAGCAAGCUGGCUUCUUGGAGCUGGAAUUGGGUGACUGGAAAGAUAACCGGCUGUACCGUCUUCUGGCAGUAGAUCAUGGACUGUUUUCAUUUGUUGAUAUCAAACACAGGGACUGGCCUGUAGUUCUGGUGACUAAUCCUAAACAUGCUUUGUUCAUAAUACCCACUCGGGAGCCUCUCCAGAGGAUCUUGCAGUCUACUCACAUCAGGGUUUUAGGGUUUUCUCUCUCACCUAUUGAGAGUGUUGAAGUGAAGGUUGAUGACGGUGUUUGGCAGCACUGUACCCACAUUAGGGGCCCUCUGUAUGUACACCCAUGGGAUCCCAACCUAUUUGCAACAGGCAUCCAUGAAAUACAUGUUCUAAUAAAGGACAAAGCUGGUCGAGAGAAAGUCAUCACACAGCCUUUUUCCUUGGAUGGAACUCAGAUGAGUUUCCGUCUAUUUCCAAGACUUGUUCUUAUGUCAAACAUCAGUUUAGUGUUUCAAUUCCUCUUUGGCACAAUGCUUACUGUUUGUAUCCUUCCACUCUGUAUACUGAAGUACCUUCAUAAACUGGUCAAAGCUGAAAAACUUCAUAAGCCUAGACUGUCUGUUUGCUUCUUCCAAAACUGGGUUCGCAAAUUGUGGAUCUUGUCAACGGUUGACCGAGUGUUUUAUCCCUUGGUGUUAUAUGCACUUUAUCUGACGGUAGGUCCGUGGUCAAUUGGAGAAGUUAUUGAAGGGCAUACAGGGAUCAUAUUCGCUUGGGGAACAAUCAUCAAUGGCGCAUACCUUCCGGGAUCUUUUACUUAUGCAUAUGGCUUCUUGCAGAUGUGUACAUUUCAACUUCCACUGACCCUGAUCCUUGCACACAAUGUAGACCUGAGGUAUAGGUCCCACCUUACAGGGAAGUCUUCUUCCUUCUUGGAUCGCCUGUGUCAGCACCUACCCUUCGUUGUUGUUCUCACUCUCCAAAUGGCAUUUGCAUAUUCUUUCUGGCUUGCAUAUGGUACAAUGGCAUUUCUUCUUGGUCCGUUGCGUACAUGGUCUGUGCUUCUUGGCAUAGUGUUAUGGCAUCAAACUACUACCCUGCAAGAAAAUACCUUGCGAAAUGCAGUGGUGGUAUGGGGAAACUGACACGUACCAAUCUCAAGUUGUCAAGAAGUUUCAUCACCAAACACAACUGUUACAUGAACCAAAAUAUUUACACUGAAAAUAUGUAUGAGGUUUCAAAAUACAUUCAGUAUAUUUUCAACUCCUUUCAAACUUCAUCAAUCCUGCUAAAUAAUUUCUCAUAUAUUUUUGCUUUUGACAUUCUUAAUCCCUACCUAUAUAGCUAUUUUUAAAUAAAUAAAUAUAUAUGAGUAUAAGGUAAUGACAUUAUUGAAUCAUGUAAAAUUUGGCCUCACAUAAGUCACAACAUUAUAAAGUGGAAGAGAUAAAUUUUAUAUGAAAUGACUAACUCAUGAAAUUUUAUAGGGGUAAUUUCAUGUGUCUCCUACAUUUUUAGUGCCUUCUUUAUUUUCCUGAGUAAAUUCUGUUUCAUAAUUUGGACCAAUUAAAUUAAUUAAUUAUCUGAGUGAAGCUAAAGAACAUUAAACAUGUUAAUGAACUGUUUCUUGUUUUAUUUCCUCCCCCCCAAGACAUAUACCUGGGGGAAGUGUGAAAACUUUAUGAACAAAAUGUGAUUUGCAUUGACACAGUCAGUAAACGUGUCAUGCUUCCUGUGGCAUAAGUUUCCAGAGGUGGUGAGUCAUUUUAACACAUGCUAUAAAAAAUUUCUGAUUCUGUUACAUUACUUUGAAACAGAUAUGCAGUAUUAUUUAACUAAUGAUUGCUACCAAGAACUAAAAUUGAAAUUAUACUUUAUCCACGCUGAUUACCCCUUUGCUAAUGAUUAUGCUUGUGAUAUUACUCAUGUAUGCAAUUUCAAACUCUACUUCAUGUGACCUCCAUUGUAAAGUAGUAUUUAAGUUAUUUAUUCACUUAUAAAGUUAACCGUAUUUUCAUAAAACCAUUUUAGUUUCAUGUUAGUAGAAACAAAGAUAUAUGUGCCAAUAUACAAUACUAUCUAAUUAUUAUACAAUAAAAUUAUGUACACCGGACUUAACUGUGUGGAUUUAUUGACCCAUAUUGUGCUAGUCAUUUUUUAAAAUUUCAUUUUCUAUUACUAUCAUACUCUGUUUUCUUAUUCCGAAUGUAGAUUCUUAAAUACAAGGCACUGAACACUAUUCAUUGACAUGAUGAUGAUAUGUAUGGUUUAAUUACAAGAGUGCCUCAUGAGGGAUGUUACAUUCUACAGUCUGUUAAUAAAGUAAGUUCCUAGAAUUGCUUUACUAUA